CGUUAAGCAUUCGAUCCAGGAAAGUGGCGAUAUUGUAAUUAUGUCCAACUUCCGUGGGCUAGUAAGAGAUUUUCCGUCUCUUUUGUAAAACCAAUUCAGAGAAUGGAGAAGGAACGCGAAUUGUCUUCUUCACUCUUCAGACCACAUCCAUAAACCCGCCCGCCCCUCAUUUCUCCCCUGCGGAAGAUUCCAGUAGAAAGUAGCGGGAGAAUUGGAAUCGGCGAAGCAACUGUAGCAAGAAAGGGAAGAAGCAGACUCAUCACCUGCUUCUUGAGGUCAGUUUGGAUUGGAUAUAGAGAAAGAUAAGAGCGAUAAUGGUCGAUAUAGCCGAUAAAUUGGCGUAUUUCCAAGCGAUCACGGGCCUCGAAGAUCUGGAUUUGUGCACGGAGAUUCUUCAGGCUCAUGGAUGGGACCUGGAGCUCGCGAUCUCCUCUUUCACCGGCGGUGAGGCUAGCCACGACGAAACCGCCGGGGCGGCUUCCGCAUCGACUGUAACUGCCACCGACACUGGUACUGCGCCCGCGGGGUCGUCGAAUUCAGCUCCUCCCGAGGCGUUGGAGCGUUCCGAUUCCGAAGUUGGUGCCGUCGCCGCCGCUGCUCCUGGUUUAGCAUGGAAGCUCGUUACCUUGCCUAUAUCCGUGAUUUCUGGGGGACUCGGGUUAGUCUCCGGUGCGGUAGGUCUCGGUUUUUGGGUCGCCGGUGGUAUUUUGUCGUACUCGCUUGGAAUGGUUGGGAUAGGACCUAGUGCAGGCAGGAACGGCGGUGAAUCUUUGUCCCGGUUGGUCUCGGUAUCUGCGUCGGCGAGGGAGGCUGUGGAUUUUGUGGCAGCGUUUGAGAGGGAGUAUGGUGCUGGUGGGCCGAACUUUGUGACGGAGGGUUUCAUGGAUGCUCUCCAGCGUUCCAGGAACUCGUUCAAGCUACUGUUUGUCUAUUUGCACUCUCCUGAUCACUCUGACAGUCCCGGAUUCUGCGAGAGAACUCUCCGUUCGGAGGUUCUUUCUGAGUUCAUUAACCACAAUUUCGUCGCCUGGGGAGGGAGUAUUAGGGCUAGUGAAGGGUUUAAGAUGAGCAAUAGCUUGAAGGCUUCGAGAUAUCCGUUCUGUGCUGUGGUUAUGCCUGCUACUAAUCAGAGGAUAGCGUUGCUUCAGCAGAUUGAAGGCCCAAAAUCGCCUGAUGAAAUGCUUACACUGUUGCAAAGAGUGCUUGAAGAAAGUGCACCUGUUCUUACUGCAGCAAGGAUUGAAUCAGAGGAAAGAAUAAGCAACAUGCGGUUGAGGGAGGAGCAAGAUGCUGCUUAUAGGGCUGCACUUGAAGCAGAUCAGGCUAGGGAACGCCAGAGGAGAGAAGAAGAAGAACGAGUUGCAAGAGAAGCUGCGGAAGCAGAGAUGAAGCGCAAAGAGGAAGAGGAAGCCCGUGAAAGAGCUGCACAAGAGGCUGCAGAAAGAGAGGCUGCUCGGGCCAGAAUGCGGGAAGAGAAAGCCUUAGCGCUUGGAGCCGAGCCUGAGAAAGGAGCUGAUGUUACCCAGGUUUUGGUUCGUUUCCCCACUGGAGAACGCAAAGAGAGGAGGUUUCACAGCAGCAAAACCAUCCAGUCCCUUUACGACUAUGUCGAUUCUUUGGGUUGCUUACAAGUGGAAGAUUAUAACCUUGUCUCCAAUUUCCCACGCACUGUUUACGGGGAUGAAAAGCGACCACUGACCUUAAAUGAAGCAGGAUUGCAUCCACAGGCCAGCCUUUUUGUGGAGCUCAACUAGCGAGAGGGUUGACAGGAAAUUCUGGUUAGUAGCUUUUGACAGGGUGAAUCCUAUUUCCAGGCCAAGCUGCAUAAAAGAAGCAAGUUGCUUCAGAUGGUUACUUCUACUGUUCUCAUCUUUAACAGGAGUGGAAAACUUGGUUAGGCAGAGAGAAUUCUGUGAGAUAUUUGUUCAGGAGGAAUAUAUGUUUCAUUUUCUCGUUUUGUUGUAGCUAAUUUUUCUCUUUUGUUAUUUCUUGGAAGAAAACGAGCUAUUGGUAUUUUACCAUAGGUUUCAUCCUGGUAAUGGUCAUACCAUACCAAAAUUUUUCACGUCGGAUUGUUGAUAGGGUUUCACAAACAUUGGGACAAAAUGAAUAAGUUUUUCUUGG